UUCUUUCCCGUAUUCAAAAUCUUCCACUUCCACUUCCACAUUCAAACUCUUCAGAGUUUUCAAGAUUUAAAGCUUUCCUAAACCGCUUGAUUGCUUGCUCAGUUUCUAUGGCCACGCCUAAUGAAAUAUCAGCGCUUGAGUUCAUCGAGCGACAACUUUUUGGUGAAAACUCUCCCAUGGCGAGAUAUAAUUCGAAUUUUGAUAUGAGUCAGUGGAUAAACGAAGUCAAAUCUAAAGUUUCGACUUCUGUGUCCGAUUCUUGUUUAAGUUCACAAGCUUCUAGCUCUAAUUCCUCGAAUAGUUGCUUCAACACGUCCCCUUUCUUUGAAUUUGAAACCAAACCUCAAAUCAGCGAUCAUGUUUCGCCAAAAUUCUCUCAAUUGGCUGGCGAUUUCUUUGAAUUUGACGUCAAGCCUCAAUUUCAAUCGAAUAUUUAUAACUCCGAAUUCGAAUCCAAGCCAAACGUUUCUCGGAAUUCAACCUCUCAAGCCACUCGAAAACCUUCUCUACAAAUCUCACUCCCGAACAAAACCGAGUGGCUCCACUUUAGUAACCAAGAAACCCAACCCAAACAGGCGAGUUCAGACGUUGUGGAGGACGCAAAGCAUUACAGAGGCGUUCGACGGAGGCCGUGGGGAAAGUACGCGGCGGAGAUCCGGGAUCCUAACCGGAGAGGAUCACGUGUCUGGUUGGGGACUUUUGACACCGCCAUUGAAGCCGCCAGAGCCUACGAUAGAGCGGCCUUCAAGCUACGCGGCUCAAAAGCUAUCCUUAACUUUCCAUUGGAAGCCGGCAAGUGCGACUCGGGAGCCGAGGCUGGAAAGUGCGACACACGCGUCGAGGCCAGCGCGUGUGGGAGAAAGCGGAAAAGAAAGGGUGAAAAUGAGGAAGAAGAGAAGAAACAAAUGAAAGCAGUUAAAACGGAAAGUGUGGAGACGGUUAAGGAUAGUCCGUGGACCCCGUCGAGCUUCAGAGCAUUGUGGGAUAUGGAGUUGGAGGGUGAUGUGAAGGGAAUUUUUAACGUCCCUCUAUUGUCGCCGUUAUCGCCUCACCCGCCGUUGGGCUACCCGCAGUUAAUGGUUCUGUGAUGGGUUGUUUUGAGUUUGUAGUAGUGUUUGUCUGACGUGGAAUUUUUGGAGGGAAUGUAUAUAGAUUGUCAUCUUUUCGGGGAGGGCGGUGCUAGUUUUACAGUGACAUAUACAAAAAUGGCAUUCAAAGAUAAUUCUCAUCCUUGAUUUUUAUGAUUUC